GUAUAUACUUGGCAGUUGGCACCAACCAUACGUGUGGGCAUAUUUCACCAAGGCUCCGACGACCACCGGUGAAAGUGAAACGUCGGUGUCCGGCGACGACCGAGUUCCCAUCGCCGGAAAUCAUGGAGAAGCUUCCGUCACAGCAGCAGGUUGUGCUGUUGGCGAGUCCUGGCGCGGGCCACCUCAUCCCGAUGGUGGAGCUCGCGCAGCGGCUCGCCGCUGACCACGGCUUCGCGGUCACGUUGGUCACCAUCCCCGGCAUGUCCAACCCGGCAACGGAGGCCGUCGUGCUGUCCUCGCUGCCGUCCUACGUCCUGACCGCGGUGCUUCCUGCUGUUCCUCUUGACGACCUCCCGUCGGACAUCGGCUUCGGUGCCCUCGUGUUCGAGUUCGUCCGCCGAUCGCUCCCAAACCUCCGCGCGCUCAUGGAGGACGCCAGCCGCGGCUCGGUGACCGCGCUCGUAUGUGACUUCUUCGGAACCUCGGCGCUGCCGCUCGCCGCGGAGCUCGGCGUUCAGGGGUACGUCUUCUUGCCGAACAGCUUCGCCAUGAUCUCCAUCAUGCGCCACCUCGCGGGGCUCCAUGGCGACGCCGCUGCCCCCGGCGAAUACCGUGACCUCCCGGACCUGCUCCCGCUCCCAGCUGGAGGCCUGGUUCUUCACCACGCCGACCUCCCCGAAGGGUUCCAGGACCGGAAAGACCCGGUGUACGCCUAUCACGUUGAGGAGGCCCGGAGAUACGGCCGCGCCAACGGCUUCUUGGUGAACAGCUUCGAGGAGCUGGAGGUCGUCAUGGUGGAAACGUUCAAGCGGGACGCCGAGGACGGCGCGUUCCCUCCGGUGUACCCUGUGGGACCCUUUGUCAGGUCAAGCUCCAGCGAAGAAGCCGAUGAAUCGGGCUGCCUUGAGUGGCUGGAUCGCCAACCGGAGAACUCGGUGGUAUACCUCUCCUUCGGCACCGGGGGCUCGCUAUCCGUGGAGCAGACGGCCGAGCUCGCCGCCGGGCUGGAGAUGAGCGGCCACAGGUUUCUUUGGGUCGUGCGCAUGCCGAGCCUCGACGGCAACCCCUGUGCCUAUGGGUCGAUGCCCGGCGACAAGGACGACCCACUGGCGUGGCUCCCCGAGGGAUUCUUGGAGAGGACGAGCGGCCGGGGCCUCGCCGUCGUGGCGUGGGCGCCGCAGGUGCGCGUGCUGUCUCACUCGGCGACGGCGUGCUUCGUGUCGCACUGCGGGUGGAACUCGACGCUGGAGAGCGUGGCAGCCGGCGUGCCGAUGGUCGCAUGGCCACUGUACGCGGAGCAAAAGAUGAACGCAGCCAUCCUGACCGAGGUGACCGGCGUGGCGCUGCGGCCGGCGGCGCGCGGCAACGGCCACGGCUUGGUCACGCGCGAAGAGAUCGCGGCUUCAGUGAAGGAGCUAAUGGAGGGGGAGAAAGGAAGCGCGGUGCGCGGCCGGACGAGAGAGCUGCGUGAGGCUUCGAAGCGUGCGUGGUCGUCGGAAGGGUCUUCCCGGCGGGCGCUCGGGGAAGUCGCCGGCAAGCUGAAGGCUGCACUUGUCAACGGGAACGGAUCGGCUCCAUGAUUCGUUUUCUUCCCGUGAAUCGGAUGAGAUAAAAAAAACUAUUUUUUACUGCAAUUCAUUGGGUGUGGUAAUUAUGGCAUAUGUAUUUAUGGACUAGCUGUAUCUAUUCAAAGUUUUUUUUGCUUGCGUA